GGGGUGACGUCAUCACCGUUUCUUCAGGUUAUGGCGGAGAUGAACUCUUCAAACUUUCUGUGACGAGUGUGCCAGAGGGUGUCGUAAUGGAGCAGCUUCAGGGAGCAUGGAGAACCGUCACCAACGGUCUGCUAACCAAAGAUUCAGUCUCUGAAAGCUCCUACGCGUCUCCUGUGAUCAAAUCUCCCGCGCCAUGCCAGAUCCGCUCCUCAAACGACUCCAAAACAAGCCGCACCAUCCGAGUCUUCCUGCCCAACCAGCAGCGGACAGUUGUGAAUGUGCGGCCAGGCAUGACGCUCCACAGCUGUCUGAUCAAAGCGCUGAAGGUUCGAGGGCUCCAGCCGGAGUGCUGUGCUGUCUUCAGUCUCCAUCCUGGGCAGAGAAGCAAGAAGUCUCGAAUGGAGUGGAGCACAGACUCUACCUCACUCAUCGGGGAGGAACUUCUAGUGGAGGUUUUAGACCAUGUUCCAUUAACAACACACAAUUUUGUUAGAAAAACAUUUCUCAAAUUGGCUUUCUGCGACAUAUGCCAGAAGUUCCUGCUAAAUGGUUUCCGGUGCCAAAGAUGUGGUUACAAGUUCCAUGAACACUGCAGCACAAAAGUGCCCACAAUGUGUGUAGACUGGACUAACAUCAGACAACUUCUAUUGUUUCCGACCCCUGGUGAAAGUGGGGCUCCAUCUCUACCGUCACUCACAUCUCGGAGAAUGAGGGAAUCUCUGACAAGGAUCCCCAGCAGCUCUGUGCACAGACAUUCAAACCCUCAUGUCUCCAAUUACACCAGCCCUUACCCUCCCUCUGGAGCGGCUCUGACACAGAGACUGCGGUCCACAUCCACACCCAACGUCACCAUGCUCAGCACCACAGCGCCUGUUGACAGCAGCCAGAUUGAGUUAGACGCAUCUCCAAGCUCCUGGUGUCACCUACAGUUUAGUCUGAAGAGAAGAGAUGCCAUACGGGUUCACAGCUCAGCUGGCAGUUCUCCAAAUCAGAGCCCUACUGGCUGGAACCAGGCCAGCGCACACAUACCAGCAUCAGCUGUAAAUCCUCAGGAGAAAGUUAAAAUCCGGCCGAGGGAUAAACGGGACUCGAGUUAUUACUGGGAGAUCGAAGCUAAUGAGGUCGUGCUGCUGAGCAGGAUUGGGUCAGGCUCCUUUGGAACCGUACACAAAGGGAAAUGGCACGGCGAUGUGGCUGUGAAGGUAUUAAAAGUCACCAACCCAACACCGGAGCAGUUUCAGGCUUUCCGCAAUGAGGUGGCUGUUCUAAGAAAAACCAGACAUGUCAACAUUCUGUUGUUCAUGGGCUACAUGACAAAAGGCAGUCUUGCCAUUGUAACGCAGUGGUGUGAGGGCAGCAGUCUCUAUAAACACCUCCACGUGCUGGAGACCAACUUCCAGAUGUUUCAGCUGAUAGAUAUCGCCAGACAGACUGCUCAGGGCAUGGACUAUCUACAUGCGAAAAACAUCAUCCACCGUGAUAUGAAAUCCAACAACAUCUUCUUACAUGAAGGCCUGACAGUGAAGAUUGGAGAUUUUGGACUGGCUACUGUGAAGGCCAGGUGGAGUGGUUCUCAACAGGUGGAACAACCUUCAGGAUCUAUUUUAUGGAUGGCACCUGAGGUGAUCCGAAUGCAGGACAACAACCCCUACAGUUUCCAAUCAGAUGUGUAUUCAUAUGGCAUUGUGCUGUUUGAGUUAAUGACAGGGGAGCUGCCCUACUCACAAAUAGGGAACCGAGAUCAGAUCAUUUUCAUGGUAGGUCGAGGAUAUCUGUCUCCAGACCUCAGUAAACUGUAUAAGAGAUGUCCUAAAGCCAUGAAGAGACUGGUGGUUGACUGUAUCAAAAAGUCCAAGGACGAGAGGCCUCUUUUCCCCCAGAUUCUGUCUUCCAUUGAGCUGCUGCAACACUCGCUUCCCAAAAUCAACCGCAGCGCCUCUGAACCCUCGCUGCACAGAGCGUCCCAGAGUGAAGACAUCAGCUCCUGCACGCUCACCUCCAUGAAGCUGCCCGUCUUCUAAAGGCCAAAUACAAUCGCUUUGUGCUGCUAUUUUGUCAUUUUUAAAGGUUGUGACUGAUAAACUAGAUGUAGACUAUACUGUAAUUGAGGAUGGUCUCGGAAAUGAAGGAACCUUUUUCAGUUUGCAAAUCAGCAACAGAUGCACUUUGACAACAGGAAGUAAAGAAACCUUUAUUUUCAUGCAUCUGGGAUCAUGUUUCCCUUAAAGAGUGAUCGUCUUCAAUCGCUAUAUACACGAAAGAGCUUCAUGAUUCAGUUAGUAUUGAGCUACCAUUGAACUGUUUAUUAGUAAGAUGCAAUUCAGUCUUAUACAAUUUUAGAUCUAUUUUGUGAUGUCAAGUAUUUUGCGGGUGUCUUUGACUCCAUUUUAAUAAAGGUAAGUUCAAAAUAGCCUGCGCACCAUUCUGUCAGUGACUAUGAUAUUAUUUCUGAACUAGGGGAUCCACUUAUGAGACCAGUCACCUAUAAGUAAUAAGAAAACUAGACAGUGGACAUUGACGAGUGGAUUCUGCAGGGAUAUAACAUCCAUCAGAUUCAGAUUUUCACUUUGAAGAGGAUCAGGUAAGUGCUUUGUACCUCAAAAGAGAGAGAGAGAGAGACUUUUACACUGCGUAUUCAAGCUGUUUUUAUACUCUGCCUUUCUGUCUGUGUGUUUCUGAAUAUGGUGGUUUCCUGUGCUCUUAAAAAAGCCACUAUCAUUUGCUGCCUCUCUAGUUUGAGCUCGGAGCACAUUGAGGCAGUGUUUGUAGAUGAUUUAUGCCUGUACAGCCUGUACUGUUCAGAUCGUGACUCUCCUUCGCAGAUCUCCUCUGCUGAUUCCUGCGCUGUGUUCUGUCCUCAGCGGAGCUGCAUCAGUUUAAAUACAGAAGGAUCUGAGUAUGCGAAUCGUGAUCCACCCCAGGGCUCAGUGACAUCAGUGUUGGGAUAUAUUCCCAGGUAAAGAGACCAUUUCUUCCCAUCAUAAUGCCUUCAUCUGGAGAAAUUGUCCAUAGCUCCUCUAUAAACCUGUAAGCUGACAUCAUCUCUGGCUGCUAAAGCUAACAGUGCACUGUGUGCCAGGCUCCACGUCAUUCAUCUUUAUUUCUGUAGCGCUUUUAAGAAUGUAGAUUGUGCCAAAGCAGCUUAACAUAGUUGAAGAGAAUAAAAAGCCGUAUUUCAGAUUGUGGAACAUCCCAGCAAGUCAGGCAGGCAGGAGAGUUGUUGGAGAACAAACCUUGGGAAAAGCAGACUCAACCAGGGUGGCGUAAAGGGCGAAUGUAAAGGGUAGAGCACAGCCUGGACAUCACAGGGCUUGAGAACAAUGAGUAUCCAUCAUCUCCGGGCAGGUGUUCAGACUAGCUGACAGGAUCAAUGCAGAGAUUCGUCUGUCGCUGGGGUCUCUGCAGGAAACAGGUUUGUGCUUUUGAUUCAUCCAUGACCAUGAAUGCCUUCUGUUCUGCAUGCGGGCCGGAUCCACGAUUAUGUGAACCACAGGAUAAGAAGAAACUAACGAACUAACAAUUCAAAUGACAGCGUAUUUUGGUAAGUGUUUCAGAGUCUAGUUGCCCUGAUUAAUCCAUCUUCACAAUCCUUCAGAGGAUUUGGACUUCACAGUUAUGCAUUUGUUUUUUAUGUGAAAGCUUAAGGAAGGCCAGAGUUUAGAACAAUUUUGAUAUUCUAGAAAUAAUUAGUUGCCCAGAAUUUAUUGAGCGUAGCGGACGUGAGGGGCUGUAAUACACCAGGAGCUCCUUCAAAUACUGGCAAGCUAAGCCAUUCAGGGCUUAAUAAGAUCAAUAAGAUUUUAAAAAGCUUGUAUGGUCAUGUGUUUGGGCACUCUGUAAGUCCCUACUUACAGACUCUAAAAGAAGGCACUUUUGCACAUGCAGACUGACUUUACCCUCCAGGUUAGAGACCUGCACGGGCCAGAUUUUUCAGUCCUCCUGCAGAGAUUCAGGGUACUUUCACACUAGCACUUUUGGACCACACGCGGUGGGUCCAAAUUCGAUUUGGACACGGUUCGUUUGAUAUCAGAGUUCGGUACGUUUAGCUAGUGUGAACAGUGUCUUCUCUGAACUCAGGUUUACACAAACCGUACUCCUGUCAGCCUCGAUUGGUGGUCUGAGGUACAGUUUGCAUGAACUCUGGUACUUUUUACCUCUGAUAUGAAUGCAGUCAUGCCAAAUAACGGAAGUGAACAACCAACUGUACAACCAACUUUGGUUUUCAUAAUGUUCAUUCAUGUGUGUGUAUGUCUGUGUAUCAUCUACCUUGGCGACAAGCAGGACUGACCCUGUGCAAACACUGAUGAUGUCUGCUUGUCUCUUCCAAAAAUAAAUUCUGCAGACAUUGCGUGAUGUUUUGAAUGUUUUUAUAUUUCUUGUUGCAGAUAAAUGCAAGUGAUUAUCUGUGUUUUGGUUUUGUAACAAAACCAAAAGAUUCAGUAAAAGCAGAACGACCGUGAUGUACAUACG